AACAUAAACAACACAAUGAACAUGAACAUCAGUGAUGUGGAUCCCGGGAAUUCCCGGGAUACGUCCCGGGAUUCCCCUGAGGGCUUCGUGGUGGGGAUUUACGCGAGCCUGUUCGUGGUUGGGGCGACGGGAAAUGUAGCGGUGUUCGUGUCCCUCAUCCGGUCCCGGAGACGGAAGUCCCGGGUCAAUCUUCUGAUGACCCAUCUCGCCAUCGCGGACAUGAUCGUCACCUUUAUUGUCAUACCGCUAGAGAUUGGUUGGCAGUCAACAAACGCGUGGUUAGCGGGAAACCUAGCCUGUAAGGUUUUUCUAGUGCUUCGAGCCUUCGGUCUGUACCUAUCGUCUAACGUCCUUGUGUGCAUAUCUUUAGACAGGUUCUUUGCCGUUUUAUACCCACUACGGCUAGCAGUGGUCAGAAAACGAAGCAAGAUAAUGCUGACCUGCGCCUGGGUUGUCGCUCUACUGUGCAGCCUACCACAGAGUCUAGUAUUCCGCGUCAUGCACCACCCCACCGACCCUGACUUCCAGCAGUGCGUCUCCUUCGGCGCCUUCUCUAACCAGCACCAGGAGCUGGCGUACAACGUCACCUGCCUCCUGGCCAUGUACUUCUUGCCGCUCAUCAUCAUCACCGUCUGCUACAUCCGCAUAUUCUACGAGAUUAGGAGCAAUUCCACGGAUGUUGGAAAAUCUACUCCGGCGAAGCGUGGUCGGAUUCAGCUGCGACGCUCUGACCAGAGGCCUCUCGUCCGCGCGCGCCGCAAAACCCUCCGUAUGACUGUCACGAUAGUGACUGUUUUCGCAUGCUGCUGGCUACCUUACGCCACUAUGACAUUGUGGUACAUGCUGGACCGUCAAUCAGCGGUGCACGUGCCGGCGCGGGUCCAGGACCUGUUCUUCAUCAUGGCCGUCUCCAACUCGUGCAUGGACCCGCUCGUCUACGGCUCCUACACCCUCGACAAGAAUCUCGUCUAUAAGACGCUGAGGAAGAUCUUCUGUGGACAUAAGCUGACAGAUGAAAAGACAGCCAACUUGGAAGUUUUCGCGAUGAACAGAACUAAAAAUAUUACGAGCAAAAGUGUCCAAUGCAGCCGCCGGUCCACUAUGCGGUUUGAAGAGACGAUGCUGGUCGCCCCCAGUGCUAACUCCGCCCCUGUUUCUUGUUGGAGGGACGACAAGGACUUACCGGAGAAAAAUGAAAUAUUCACCUUACAGUACUAAGCAUAAGGAUGAUUUUUGUGUAGCGGUUAUCGCCGCUAGUGAAUAUUAAUGUGCUAUUUUGUGUAUAUAUGAAUAAAUGGUAU